AUGUCGGGUCAAGUUCUAUUAACAGGAGCUACAGGCUUUAUAGGCUCACAUGUUCUAGAUACUCUGGUCAAGUACCAGUACCAGAUUAUUGCAGUGGUGAGAGAUAUCGACCAGGGUCUAUCAUUUAAAAGCAAGUAUCCCAAGGCCAACAUUGCAUUCAUCGAAGUACCGGAUAUCUCACAAGAGAACUCGCUAGAUUUCAUUUUCAAAUUGAAUCCUGAUAUCCGUUAUGUAAUUCAUACAGCCGGUCCUGAGUCACCUUGUGAUAUCAGGACGAGCUUUCCUGCUUCGGUUGCUCGAUCUGGAUCUGAAACCGGCAACGGACAAGGACACGAUAUUGAUGGAGCGUCUGAUGAGAAAGGCAUUUCUGAUGGAAUAGGUUCUACCGCACAUAACUCAUGUCCAUAUCAUUCACCGUUUGUAGAAGACCGUGAGAAAGAUCGCAUUCUGUUUGAACCAGGUAUUCGUAUUUCGAACAAUAUCAUCAAUGCAGUAGACAAGCACGGGCUGAAUGUGCGAAGUGUAGUGUAUAGUUCAUGUUUUGCUACUAUGAUUUCUGACUCACCACGGUUUGAUGAUCCUCGUAAGGUGUACACAGCGCGCGAUGUCAACAGAAUCACUCGUGAACAGGCCCGAGUCAGCUGUUACAAUGCAUAUAUAGGGUCUUGUUCAUUUGCAGAAGAUGCUCUUUGGAAACGGUAUUCUGAUAUUUUUCCAAGAUUCACGCUGACGGUUAUUGUGACUCCUUUAGUGUUUGGUCCGAUUAUCGUCCCAGAAGCUGAGUACAUGAGUUCAUACACUCUAAAUAGCAGUCAUUGCAUGAAUAAGAACUUUUCGUUGUACCAAGUAUAUCGUUUACUAGCAGGUACCCCUCCACAGUCGCCACUAAAUGAGUCGUCUAUCGAGAUCCGCCGUCACUCGGGCCCGUGCUACGAGUUUUCUCAUGUUUCUAUAAAUGACGACAAACACUCAACAGUCAAACCACCACUAAACACACCUCAACCGAUAUUACGCAGUCCAGAGCCCCAACUUCAUUUACCACAAUCCUUACCACCAUCACCACCAACACCAUUGCCGCCGGUACUUCCAUCAUCACCAGUCACUUCAACUUUCGAAGACACCGAAACCGAAAACAAUACAUAUGACCUACCUAACAAUAACAUCACAACUACAGCACCUUCUACAACUACCACAAUGACUAACGAUGCAUUAUCGACAGAUAACAGACCGGCUAAAUUAUCACGAGCCGAUUCAGUGAAAACACCCUCGACUAUCAAAAGCCCACCGUCACCGAUCACAGUUCCAUCACCGAUGACCAACCGACUGACCGAGCUGUCAUUUCCCUUUUAUAUUGACGUACGAGAUGCGGCCACUGCCCAUGUGCGAGCGAUCCAACUCGUGCCCCCAGAAACGGACCGAUGGUUCGUAGUUGCCAACAACAUUUCAGUCCAACAGAUUGUAGAUAUUGCCCGUACAAAAUUCCCCACGAUCCGCGACCGACUGCCCAUAGGAGAGCCAGGCCACGGCGAAGAAGCCAUAGCGCAACAGUGCUCGUUCGACAUCGGAGACUCGGACUCGAUCAUCGGGCUCCAAUACCGCACCCUCGAAGACACGAUCGAAGCGACCUUCGAGAGCUUUCUGUACCACGAGCAGCAAGCACAACUGGCAUGA